UUGGACUCUGCAGUCAACACAUAAAGAAACGUCAGAUCAGAUGGUCUGUCAAUUGUCAAAAUCGAUGGCAAACGUCAAAUCCUACCGAUGUUUAUUUUUUAUUCAAAAAUAAAAAUAUUUUUAAUUUCUUCAUGGCUUACGUUUUAUUCAACACGAUUUUCAAUAUACUCGAUUUAAAAGAAUAAGUUUUAAAGUUAAAAAUGUCGGAUAGUAGUGAUGUGUUAGCGAACCAUAUUGAAAAGUGUGACGUUGACGAAAGAAGCGAAGAGAAUGCGGAAAAUAAGGAGACAAGUUGCGACUCGGGUGUAGAAUGUUCAGGAUUUAGUAAUGAUACUUCAUCCGCGUCACGUAAAGUCGAUACAACGGGCAAUUUGGAGUUGUCCACUCCCCUGUCCACAACAGAAGAGCCCACAGUAAAAAGUAGAUCAAAGGAAGAAGAAACUAGUUCAGUUGGUCACUUAAAUUGUGAUUCUAGUUUGGAUACCUGCGGUUUCACUGGUCCAGAGUCGGAAUCUUACCCAUUAGCCACUAACACCUCAGUAACUCCACAUUCAGUCAACAUAAGUAAUAUAAAAACUGAAAUGGAGAACAAAAGUGAUGACUUCUCUCCUGUAUCGAUGUCGCCCACCACGAACUCUGACAUCUCUAGCUUAUCAUCAAAUGAAAAAAAUGUAUUAGUACCUAAAGAAACCAAAGAAUUUGUCACAAACAAGGAAAGUACAAAUUGUUCACAAAGCCACAUUACUUAUGUUGAUUUAAAAAAUAUUAAUAGUGCUCUCACCAUGUCCACGGCAAGUUUGAAUGAACAAAAUGCGUUAAAUGAUAUUGUAUCCAAAUGUCCUCACAGCAGGAGUGCUGAAAACAUAACUACACUGGAGCUGACUGGUAAACUAAAGUUAAAUUCCAGUGAUAAAGAUCUAAAUACUGAACAAAUUUUAUCUGACUUCAGUUCUCAUAAAAAUAAAGUAAUGGCAGUACAGAAAAUACCAGAAAUUCCAUCCAACACCAGUGCCCGUUACACUCACAUUCAUAAAGAGAUUCUGUCACAGGACAUAGGCAGCAUAGUCAAAAAUGUUCAUGGAAUAUUUUCAUCAGUCAGUGGAAGUCUUAAAAAUGCAUACACACACAGAGCCUCUGUUCAGAAACCAACUAAACCCUUAAAAGCAGUACCCAAUGGCAAAAUAAUGAGUGACAUAUUUGAAGAUGACAAUACGGAUAAAAUUGAAAAAACUAAUGACAGCUUGGAAAAUAUUUCAAACUUGAACUCUGAUAGUAUUAGUUCAGAGAAUGGGGAAAUUGAAAGUGAUGCGAAAAAAGAUGUUUUGAGGUUGCAAGUGGAGACAUUAGAGAGGGUACUGGCAGAGCAGAGGAAAGAAAAUGCAUUGCUGAGAGAGAGAGUCAAGCAACAAGUAGAUGAAUUGCAGGAAAAAGAUCACACCUUCCGCGAUUUAGAGAGCAAAUUGGACUUGAUGGGGAAACGAGUAGAGCAGGCAGAGCGAGAAAAAGACGCAGCAGUAAUGCGUUACGCAAGUGUAGAGUGCGCGCGUAUAGAGGCGAAACGCGCAGCGGACCUCGCCGCCAAGAACGAAAAGGCAGCCACCAAUGAAAUGGAACUGUUGAAGAACAAGCUACGUUCCGCGCACGCUGAGAAGGAGCGCAUCUGCCAGCUUUACGACGAUAAGUGCCAUGAGCUAUUGAAGAGCGAACGUGAAGUGGCCAAAGUGCGCGAGGAUCUGCGCGAGCUGGAGGGAAGGCUCAAGUGGACGCAGAGCAAGCUGCGCAUGGAAAUGGACGCGUACAAAGAAAGUUCGGAGCGCGCCGAGAAGCUGUCGCAGCAGGUCACCGAGCUCGAGGCGGCCAAGGAAGCCGCUGUAGUCAACGCCACUGACUCCGUCAGAGCUAAACAACUCGAAUCUGAUUUAAAAGAGGCCCAAGCCGCUUUGAUCUUGUGCAGACACGAGAAAGAAGAACUGGAGAGGCGGCUGGGCGCGGUGACGUCACAGCUGGACACCUGUACUAAAGAAAGGGAUACUGCUAUCAGCUCUCUCGCUCGCGCCACCGCUGAGGUGUCGCGGCUGCAGACGAGCAACAUGCGGCUGGAGGAGGAGGCGGCCGAGCUCGCAGCACUACGCGCGCAAGCCGCGCUCGCAGACACGCUCGCUGCGCAACUGCAGAGGGAGAGUGCGCGCGCGGCGGAAGCGGAGGAGGCGCUCAGCAUCCAGCGCGCACUCGGGGAGACAUGCGCGCGACGCGAGGCCGCCGCGCUGCAGCACGCCGCCGCGCUCACCGCGCAGCACGUCGCGCACCAGGCCGCCGCGCAGCGCGACCACGCGCAGGUUCAAGCGCUAACUGUGGACAACGCGUCGCUGAGAGAGAAGAUAACAGAGCUGGAGACGCAGUGCGCAGACCUGCAGCGAGCUCUCGCGGAGGAGACGGACAGACGGAACAAAGAAAACCGCGUACUCGCUAGAAAAGUAGCUGAACUGACUGAGGAAGUCGCGGAUGCCAAUAAGAAGCUAGAGUGGGAGAAGGGAGAGAACGGGGUUCUCAAGAAGAAACAUGCCAGUGCCAUAAAAGAAUUGAAUCGCGAACUCCAGCGAUCCUUGAAGCGAUGCGAGCAGUUGGAGGCGAAACUGCCCCCACCAGACGCACCGUCCACGAGAACCGGGUCGGUGUCGUCGCUGAGCAGCGGCGAGAGCGCAGCGCCCGAGGAGCGGCUCCACAACGGACACGCCGAGGCGCUGCCCGACAUACAGAUUAAAUACCCAAGCUUGUUCGCAAAACUGUUUCCCAAGAGCCGCUCGCCGGACCGGCAGGCGCUGAUCGAGCGCAUCGUGUCGCUGCAGCGCGCGGCGGCGCGGCGCGCGGAGCGCUGCGAGUUCCUGGAGGAGCACGCGCGCCAGCUCACGCACGAGCUGCGCAACAAGUCGCGCCUGCUGCGCUCGCUGCUCGCCGACCUGCCCGCCGGCGCGCUCGCCGACCAGCGCCAGGACCACAACAAGAAGGAGAUAGCGCGUCUGGGCGGCGGCGCGAUGGCGGCGCUGUGGGGCGGCGACCCGGGCGGGCUCUCCGCCGACCUGUCGCUCGAGAUGAACCGCCGGCUGCAGGCCGUGCUCGAGGACACGCUGCUCAAGAACAUCACGCUCAAGGAGAAUAUGGACACGCUGGGAGCUGAAAUCUCGAGGCUAAAAGAACAAAACAAGAACAAUGCUGAAUCCAAAUGAUUAUUAGCUAAGUUAUAAUGCGAUGUUUUGUAUAAAAUUAUAUAAUUUAUCCCAUGUUAUGAUAGAAUCAUUCCAAAUUAUUGUUUAGCAAGUAUCGUAAAAAUGUGUCUGUUGUAGGUUCACUAUCAUGGUCCAACUGUCAGUAACACAACUUAUGUAUGGGAUUAGUACAAUACUGCGUAACUAGCGUUGGUUAUAUACCAUUGUAUUAAUCUGAAGAGUUUGUUUGUUUGAACGCGCUAAUCUCAGGAACUACCGGUUCGAAUAGAAAAAUUAUUUUAGUGGUAGAAAGAUCAUUUAUUGGGGAAGGCUAUAGAGGUCACACGAUGACCAGUAGGAGCGGACCAUUAAUAAAAAAUAUUGCAAAAACGGGGACAAAUUGAUUCCUCUUGAGAGCUUCCGUUGUCUGCGCUCAGUAAACCGUUAAAUUUUUCCCGGGAAAAUAUAUCGCAUGACUUCGAUAACGGAAAACUUUACCGCGAAUAUUUUUUCACACGGGCGGAACCGCAUGCAAAAGCUAGUAAUACAUAAGUGAGAAAAAUAAAAAAACGGGAGUUAAAAUUGGAUGUGUCGAUAUUUAUUUUGUAUGUUACGAACCAUUUUUUUUUCGCCACUUACGCGGUACAUAUUUAUCACCGCUAGUCACGCUGUAUUCAACCACCCCUGACGAUAUGUCACAUUAUUGCGAUGAAAUUUAACCGCCUAUAAUUUUUUUAAGCCCCAUCGUUUUAGAAGUGACACAAUUCUCUUUUUUCUCUGUGUUGUGUAAUUUUAACAACCAAUUUUAUCCAAUUGUAUAAUUUAAGUUCCUAAUGGUCUCUGUUUGAGUGCUCAGUUAUUGUAAUAAAACACAGCUAAAGGAAAGCUAUUAUACAAUAAAAAUAAAUGAAAUAUUUAAUUUAACCACAAAAUGACAAAAAACAUCGUUUUCUUAAAAGAUAUUCCAUUCAGAUCGACUCAUUUCAUUGAAUACACUAGAAAAAUGUGGGUAGAUAUUUAUUUGGAUUUAAUUUUUUCUUUCCCUGAAUAAGGAUAGUAAUCUCUCUUUAAUACUUAAUAUUUUUCACUUUCUAUUAACAAUAUAAAUAUUUAUUUUUUAUAUUUAAAAACUGAAAUAAUCAGUUUCGUGAAAAAUAUCCGCUGUUAUUCUACCUAUUCUAUUUUAAGGUUAACAAUAUUCCAGAUCAUUCUUUAGUAAUAAAAUGCAAAGAGAAUAUAAUCACUACGUUUUAAUAAAAUGUUUUGAAUUGUGUCACUGUUUAGAAAUAGCAGUGAAAUGACAUUAUCACUUGGUGUUGUCAUAUUAUGGUGCAGUUAUUAUAUUUGUCAUUUUCUUUAUUUAAGUAAUAAAAUAUUAUCUCCCGUUCGAGAUGCUACAUUAGUUUAUAAUAAAAAUAAAAUGUUUUCGGAAUUGUAAGAAAUGGAUAAAAAAAUAAAAUAUUAAAAAAAAAAUUAGAACAAUAAAAAGAAACAUAAAUGCAGCAAAUAAUUAUUGUUAAUAGUUUUAAAAACAUUGUAAAGUAUAAAUAAACAGUAACUUAUUUAUUAAACUUAUUUUCCUCAAAAAUCCAUUUCCACAAUUUUGAAUAAAAAAAUUAAUAAUAAAGAAUAUUAUUUAAUAUGUACUUAAUUACAUAUAUAGUGGUGUCGAACGGGUUAGCCUGUAGAAAACGGCAGCAUAUAGAUAAAGCUGUGUGUACAUGUGUGUAAAUGUGUAGUGUGUAUGGUUCCUAAUGUUCCUGUUAUAUUCUGUAUGUUGCUUCCGUUUUGGCGCUGCAGUGUUUGAGGUAUGCUGAUAAUAAUUGUUUUUGCUAUAUGGGGCCUUAAUUUUAAAUAUUUUAUAAUCGGAAUUUGUUUCGGUUUCGGGAUUUUGAAUGUGAGGAAAGUUCGUAAGUUUUUAAAAUAUUUGGCCCACAUUUGUUCCAUGCAGGUUUUUUUUUCAGUGAUGCUUACAAGGCAUUCUACAAAGCAUUUGCUUGAUUCAACCACGUAGCUUUGUUCGUAUAAAAAUCUAUAACAAAUUCUGAUGUAUUAAAAUAGUUCCUGUGCCUCCAAUCUGUAUUGUGUGAAUAAAGAAAGGCAUUUAUUUGUCAUUCCAAAAAAAAAAAACAGGUAAAGAUGGGAAGAAUCCUACUCCUGCUUAUUUGUAUUAUUUCAUGUUACCUUCAAUUUGAAUGAACAAUUUUUUAUUUUAACCUUAUUUAUUAUUGAAUGUAUGUUGAAUGUCCAUAUUCUGUAUAUUGAAGUAGCGCAGAGCUUCUGAGUGCGCAUCGUUAGACAAAAUGGCUGAGAUUUUUUUUCGCUCAUCGGUAAUUAUUUAAAAAAAUACAUACCUACAAUAGAGUCCAAUGAUCACUCUGAUAACUCUGCGUGGGUUACAUGACGUCACAGGGGCAACAAGCGUGCUCUCUACUGUUUUGUACUAAGUUAUAAAUUGCUAAAUAUUUGUUUAACUAUUAAAUAUUCUUCCUACGUAUAAAUUUACUAGCCGAUAUAAUUCAAUGUUAUGGAAUUGUAACGUCAUCGAUAUUCCCGGUGCGGAUGUAUCACACAGCGAGCGGUCUCUAGAGUUGCGUUCAUUUAACUUCUUGUCACCGCUGCCGUUAACUAUUUUUAAAAGUAUUUAGUUUCGUCGUAUACUUAUAAAUAACUCGAGGCUUGCUGAAAUACCCUUUAAACCUUUAAAGAAUAGGUACUCCAUUAUUUUGCCCUCGCAGGCAAAUAAUUCCGAUCAAUGAAAAUUAUGCGCUUAGACACUAAUAUCCGAGCCGCGGAAUAUGCGUGACGUCAUAAACUAUAUAGUUUAGAAAUGACAUGUAUAUUGUUUCGGUGAAUGGGUCAUAUCUAAACAUUCAAAUGAUUGUGUAAAGACGUGUUUAGUCGAACAAAAUAUCCAUACUGUAUUGUAUAGUAUUACAAACUCGAUGCACUCGUACACAUGUAAAUACGAAUAGAAAUUACGUAGUAAAGAACACGUCUAAGUAUAUUUUCUUUAGAAUUGGUACGAAUAUAAAGAAGAUAUAUGUGAAUGUUAUUUUUUACUCCUGAGAUUAUGUAAAGUAGAAUAUAAAUAAAUUAGUCUAUGGCCAUUUUCAUUUAUAGUAUUGAUUUAGCAAAGUAUUAGUUAAGAUUUGCGUGUGUACGUGCCCGUUGAGACAGUAACCUGAUGUAUCAAUAAGAGAUUAUCAUAUUGUUGUAAAAUGGGAAUUUUAAAUCUACGACAAAUGGUUAUGUUAUCAUUAAAUAUAUUUUGAGCAUUCUA